AGUAUAACGAUGCCACGUAUCUAUACAAGAAUUUUGGAAUCAAAUGUCAAAAGUGAGGAGGUUAUUCCCAUUCCUGAAGGUUUUGGUCCUUACAUUAUUGGAUCUCGAGGAUAUAAUAUCAAGAAAAUUACAGAAAUGUCUGGUGCGAUAAUUUAUGUUGAACUGAACACGAUCCCUCCAUCAAUAAAAAUCUAUGGUACUCCUCGGAAACGUAUAGAUGCGAAAGUUCUUAUCGAUGAAACAAUUACCAAAGCUAAGUCCAAACCAUUUGUUGAGUUCAAUUUGUUGGAAAUUGAUGACAUCGAGAAAUUCUUGGAUAUAGAGUAUUUAUAUACAGAAUUUAAAGAUGGAAAUAUUACAGAUAGGCUCCACAAUAAUUCCGAGCAGAGAGAGCGCAACCAAUAUUUUCUUAAAAGAAACAAUCGCGAAAAAGGGAAGAAAAGAGAAAAGGAAUAUAACAUGGGAUCAAAGCCUCUAAUAGGUUCUGAUGGACUUAGUACCGUUGAUAGAUUUGAAGAAUGUCUCAAAAGAAUAUUCACACAACUUGGAAAUCCUAACACAAAGUCCAACAUACCUGAAAACUCUAAUUUAAAACGAAUUCAACUUCGUAUAUUUUUUGGUCGUCAAACGUUUCUUCCACCAGAUUUGAGAUUGAAAAAAAAAGUUAUUCAGGUGAACGAGCUUCUUGGAAAAAAAGUCAUGGGAGUCUGGGAUGACGUUGAAACAUUGAGAUUUUGGGGGACUAGAAGGAGAACAACAAAUGGUACUAUAAGAAGAAUUGAAAGAUAUUGUUCGUCAAAGAUGAUUAAGACAUCAUUCGUUCCUAUUCCACAAAUCUGGAAAAAUAUUGAGGCAAUUCAUGAGAGGUUUAAACUAAAGUUAGAUAACGAAGAGGAUAAAAAGAGUAUCAGCAUACUUUAUGUGGAGAAUGGUCAGCUGGGUGAGAUGAAGCUACGUUGGAGUAAAGAAGACGGAUCGUGGAAAUUACAUAAGGUUGCAAAAAAUAGUAGGCGUCAUGCGACGAUUAACAUCAUAACAGGAACCAAAGUGCCUGAUUUGCAAUUCAUGGUGAGGACCGAAUAUGACGGGCAUCCUGACCAAAAAAUUAACCAAAUUGUUGAAAACCUUCAAGUUGAAAGAUCGACUGGUGACGGAUUCAGAUUGAGUGAUUUCGAUGGAAAACUUAACUGUCUUUGUAUUAGACAAAAAAUUAACAAGGGUUGUUAUAGAAAUGAUAAAUUCAAAAUCACGAGAUUCACAAUCCAACAAGAAAGCAGAGGAGAAGAACAGAUCACUUUGGAGGACAAUAUUUCAGUAAAAAGCAUAUGUUGGCGGAAGGAUUAUGAAAUAACGGGUGAAAUUUCCAAGAAAUACUUGGAUAAAGAGAAAUUAGAGUCAAUUAAUGAGGCUAUUGAGUUUGCCAGAGAAUUUUCGAAAUCGAUUUUUAUAAAAGAUGAAUGA